AUGUUUGAUGAUGAUUUUGAUUUAGGGAAAUAAAUUGAUUUGGCCAAUGAAGUGAAAGAGAUGGAAGUGAAAGUAAAUACAUUGUAAGAGAAAUCGCAAUAAGACCGAUAUCUGGGUAAUCAUUUGAUGGAUCACUCUUAGAAUUCAGCGAAAUGGUAUUAAAUUCCUUUAAAAUGAUGGAGU